CGGGUCUCCACCUCUGAAAGCAUGUUCUGGCUGUUCCAAUCUCUCCUACUUGUCUUCCGCGGUGCCUCAGGAAAUACAGUUUCACAAGGCAGUUCUCCCUCAUCGGUGGUGAAUGGGAUUCUGGGAGAGUCAGUAACUUUUCCCCUGAAUUUUCCUAUGGAUGAGAAAGUCAACAUGAUCAGCUGGACUCACAAUGGAAUAAUCUUAGCAGUCAUAAGCCUAAAUGAAUUAGGAAAGCGACAACUCCUGGUGCCCGAUAAGAACGGGACAAAGCGAUUAACCUUCACCCAGUCGUACUCCUUGCAUCUCAGCAACCUGACGAUGACAGACACAGGAUUCUACAAAGCCCAGAUCAACACAAAAAGCUCUCUAAUGUUUUCCAGUUACACCCUGAGGAUCUUUAGGCGACUGAGUAACUUAAAAGUUACCCAUCACAUUCAACUAUCUGGGAAUAGCACCUGUGAGAUCCACCUGAUCUGCUCUGUGGAGAAUCCAAAUGAUACUGUCUCGUUUGGGUGGAAGUUCUCAGGAAACAUCUCUCUAAGAGAACCAAACCUCACUAUCUUCUGGGACCCCAAAAUUUCCAGUGAACAGAAAUACACCUGCAUAGCUGAGAACCCUGUCAGCAAUUUAUCCUUCUCUGUCACUGCCCAGAGUCUCUGCACAGGUGUUUUAACUAAAGAAAAUCUAUAUGGGGUGAGCACAUGGAUUAUAAUUCUGGCUUCUUUGUUUCCACUUGCUAUAGUCAUCAUUGUAUGCAAACCUGUUUGGAAGAAAAGAACAGGUUCCCUCCGUUUGCGUACUCAGCAAACCCAGCAUCCUGCUGAGUCCUUGCAAAACAUAGAGUACACUUCAGUCUCUCCAGGGAGCACUGUGUAUGCUCAUGUCACUUACCCAAAACAGGAAAUGGGAAUCCCAACACCUACAAAAAAGGACACAGUUACAAUUUAUUCCACAAUUAAUCAUUCCAAGGAGACUAAGACCACUUCUCCCAGGGCAACUGCGCUUAACAACAUUAAAUAAAUUGCUGAGAAAUCUCAGAGAAAUUCUGGGUAACACAUCUCCUGAGCCCAUAGGAAAGGACAAAGAGAGGAAACAGGUUUCUGACUUGCAACAGAAUCUGAAUAUGUAAGAUUAUUGCUUCCAAUCCUUCAGAUCUGAUCCUGUUUACCUACAUCAAACACUUAAGGAGUAACAUCAUCUCCAGAAUAUGAUCCAAAUAAUGCUUUCUAGUCCAUUCCAGGACAAAACAUUCUUCAGAUAACAUAUCUGCACAUUGACUUUCUCUGAUAACUAAACAAACGGAGUUGUGGGCAACAGGUUGUAAUUCAGCAGAAAAUCAUUUCUCUCCUUUUAGAAAACAGCAGGUUAUGAUUCAUUGUAGAGAGAAUACAAGACUGGUUAUGUAUGGACUUGAAUGGACCCACAAUUAUAUCCUGGCACAUCAGUUACUAACUAUACCUCCUGCAACAUAUUACAUAAUCUCUUGGAGUUGUAGUGUCAUAGACUGAAAAAAGAGGAGAAUGGCAAUAUGUCCACUCCAUUGUUCAACCAGGAAUCUAAGUCCUCCCUGACUAUGGCUUCUUUACCACCAGGCCUUUUGGACUCUACCCCCAAAAUAUAUCUUGGACUCAUCUGCUUCUCUCCAACUCUCCACCACCAUCCUAUAUCCAACUAUCAUCACCUCCAACCUUGAAUACCACAAGAACUUUUGAACAGCUCUCCUAAUUUUGCUCUUGUUCCCCUCCAAUCACUUCUCCACAAGAUAGCUAAAGUAAUGUUUCUUUUUUUUUUUUUCUUUUUUUGGUACCAGGGAUUGAACUCAGAGGCACUCAACCAUGGAGUCACAUCCUCAGCCCUAUUUUGUGUUUUAUUUAGAGACAGGGUCUCACUGAGUGCCUUGCUUUUGCUAAGGAGUAAUGUUUCAUAAUAUAAAUCAGAUCCUUCAUUUGCCUGCUUGUAACCCUGUAGGCUUUCCAUUGCACUCAGAAUGAAGUACAGUCUCCAUGGCCCUGUAUUGUUUGGUCCAUUCCCAGACUUAGCAAGCACCACUCUCCCUCCAUGCUUUCCCUGAUCUUUAGCUCCUCUAGUAGAGGAAAAAGUUCUCUGUAUUACAAUCAUUCACAUCUUCCUGAGGAUCUUCUUCUUCCUCCUGUUCUUUAGGUCUUGGCUUAAACAUGUCAACUUCUAUGAGACCACUUUCUAAACCACCCUAUCUAAAGUAGAUCACCCUAUUAUUUUGUUCUACCUCCCUUGUCGUUUAUUUACCAAAUGCCAUCAAAUAUUUAUUUUAUUUGUUUAAUUUCUAUUUCUCCCACUAAACCAUAAAUUCUUUGAGGGCAGAGAUGAUGACUACUUUAUUACAAGUGUUCAAUAAAUAUUUUUAAUAAGUAAAUGAACAUGUAAUUGGGUUUUGUGAGAAUUAAGGCAAUACAGUCGACUCUCUGUGUUCAACCUCUCUGCGUUCAACCAGUCACACAUCAAAAAAAUUUUUUAAAAGAUUCCAUCUGUACUAAACAUUUUCAGACUUUUUUGUCUUGUCAUUGAUUCCUUAAUUCAGUAUAACAACAUUGUGUUAGAUAUUUUAAGUAAUUUAGAGAUUAUUUAAAGUACUCAAGAGGAUGUGCAUAGGUUGUAUCAAAUACUACAGCAAUUUAUACAAGGAAUGGGUAUCUAGGAUCCACAGCAGGUACAGGAGCCAAUCUCCCAGAUACCAGGGGAUGACUAUUCACCUGAAGCUCUUAGCAUGGUGCUAGCUCACAAAAUAACUUGAGAAAUGUCAGUCAUAACUGUUAAGAGUUAUUACUGAUAUUGUUGUUAUUAAAUUUCAUUCUCCUGAACUCACAAAAUCUCACAAAUCUUCAGCACAAUAAGGAGAAAGGACACUGUUUACCCUGCCCCCACAUCAUUUCUUCCCUUUGUUCAAGUUUUUGAAUUCUAUUCUAUUAUUUUACCUCAUGUGAAAAACAAUGCUCCUCUUCUCCUGGGAAGUGUUCCCUGUUUUUGUUUGUUUGUUGGCUUGGGAUGUUUUUUGAUAUACUUUUUCUAGUGUGUCUUUUUUUUCACAGAUAUAAUAUAUAUUGCUCAUUGUGAAUAAUUCAAACAUUCCAUAAACUCAAAUCCUCCAUA